CCCUUUAAGGGCUGUUCCCGGAAGUUCGGCGGCUUCCGGGUUUGGGACUGAAAAAACCUCCAGGGAUAAAAUGUCCCAUCAAACUGGGAUCAGCGUUUCACCAGAUUUACAGCGAGUGUUUUCCCAAUCUAAGGAUGGUUCGGUCAGACUGAUCCAGGUCCUCAUCGAGAAUGAGCUCCUCGUGCCAGGCGAGCGUCGGAAGCCGGGCCUGGCCUGGGACCAAGAUUACGAUGAGCUGGUGCUGCCUCUUCUUAGCAAGACCCAGCCCUGCUACCUCCUGUACUGUCUGGACAGCCGCAACGCCCAGGGGCUGGAGUGGAUCUUCAUAUCCUGGACCCCCGAGAUCUCAUCCGUGCGACAGAAGAUGUUGUACACAGCGACCAGGGCCACACUGAAGAAGGAGUUUGGCGGUGGACACAUCAAGGAUGAGAUCUCUGCUACGCUGUUGGAGGACAUCACUCUGAGCGGCUACCGAAACCACCUGGCCUCGGAUGCAGCCCCCCCACCCCUGACAGCCGCCGAACAGGAACUGCAACAGCUCAAGAUCAACGAGGUAACCCACCACCCCCCCACAACGCACCGCCUUGUGACUGUCCCUUUCUGCCUGUGUCUGUGUAUACAGUUGCCACCGCUGUCUCUGUUCGAAGACAACGUCAGUGAAGGUAACAUCUACGCCAUUCAGACUGUCGUAAUAACUGAGGAGGCUCUGCAGACUUGCACCAUUUAUGGUGAAGGGGUUGGUUGUGCCUUCAACUGGAGAUCAGAAGAUAGCCCUGGAAGGGGAACUGAAUUUCCUUGUGAAGGAGACAGAGUUUUGACAGGCUUCGUGACAGCGAUUGAUGAUGUAGGGGCUGAGUGA